CUCCGUGCGUGCGUUUGUGUGUUGGGUUGAGUAGGACAGCUGGGCGGUGCAGACGAUCACAUCCUCAGCGGGUCUUGCUGGAGAAGGACAGUAUCCACACGGCAGAACUCCAUUAACAACUAGAUCAAAAUGGCAGAAGAAAUUGGCUACCUGAAAAAUGACCCGAACUUUGCCACUCGUGCUAUCCACGAAGGCAAUGAGCCAGAGCAGUGGAACUCCAUGGCAGUUGUUCCUCCAAUUUCUAUGGCAACAACUUUCAAGCAGGAUGGCCCAGCAGAUUUUAAGGAAUUUGAGUAUGGUCGCUCUGGUAACCCAACAAGAAAUUGUUUGGAGAAAUGUCUGGCAGCAACAGAGGAAACCAAACACUGUAUAACCUUUGCCUCUGGGUUGGCUGCUACAACCACCAUCACGCACUUACUGUCAGCUGGGGAUCAUGUGAUUUCCAUGGAUGACCUGUAUGGAGGCACCAACCGCUACUUCCGCCGUGUGGCUUCUAGAAUGGGUAUUGAAGUGACCUUUGUGGAUGCAACUGAUGCCAAGAAUGUUGCUGAUGCUUUUAAAGACAACACAAAGAUGGUCUGGAUUGAGACUCCCACCAACCCAACACUGAAGCUUGUCGACAUUGCUGCUGUAGCUGCUCUUGUCAAACCACGAGAGAAUACCUUCUUGGUUGUAGACAACACUUUUAUGUCAGCAUAUUUGCAACGCCCUAUCCUGUUUGGAGCUGAUCUUGUACUACACUCUUGCACCAAGUACAUGAAUGGACAUACUGAUGUUAUCAUGGGAGCUGUCUGUACAAACAGGGAUGAUUUACACGAGAGGCUGAGGUUCCUUCAGAAUGCCAUUGGACCAGUUCCUUCUCCCUUCGAUUGCUAUCUGUUAAACCGGUCUCUAAAGACAUUGGCUGUAAGGAUGGAGCAACAUAUGAAAAAUGGUUUUGCUGUGGCUAGGUUCUUAGAGGGCCACCCAUGUGUUGAAAAAGUCAUUCAUCCUGGACUUCCAUCUCACCCUCAACAUGAGCUUGCUAAGCGGCAGUGCUACGGUCACUCUGGUAUGCUGAGUUUUUACAUUAAGGGGAACAAUUUGGAAACCUCAAAGAAAUUCUUCAAGCAACUGAAAGUCUUCACACUGGCUGAAAGUCUUGAGAGCCUUUUGAAUUCCGUAAAUCUGAUAUACAAUUAUGGUUUCAGAUCUGUGAUGACCCAUGCAUCUGUGCCUAAGGAAGACAGAGACAAAUUGGGCAUUACUGAUGGCCUUAUUCGCCUUUCUUGCGGUCUUGAAGGAACUGAUGACCUGAUUAAGGAUCUUGACCAGGCUCUGAAGGCAGUGGUUUAAGCUCAAGGUUGCAUCCGGAAGGAGAGAACAUUCACCUCCUCACUGAAGACUUGCCUCAGUUACUAGUGAAGAUAUAUUACCUUGACUAGAUACUGAAUUUUCACAGCUGAGACCAACUAGGAUGUCUAUGUGCAGUCUCUAUAAUUUUGAUUCAUUCAUUGACGGAAUUUUUUCAUGCUUUUGUUAGGUGGUUUAUAAUAAUCAUACAUUUUUUUCUAUAAUCUGUCUUAUCAUAAGAGUUUUUCUUGACUGAUCUGCACCAAUAUGCCAUUAAUUGUACAAAAAUGUUGUUAAAUGAAAGUAUUGCAUAAACAGUAUUGUCAGAGUUCCCUUCAUAAGGGAGAAAUAACUAAAUAAAAAGCUUUUUUAAAAAUAUGGCCAAAUGAUUAGAUUAUUUUGGGAUAUGGAAUUUUUAUAUAUAAAAAAAAUGUACAAAAAGGAUAAAAACUGUUGAUUUUGGAUUUCAUAACCAUAUCAAUAACUUUUAGUAUUUAUAAUUUUGACUGCAAAGUAAUGGUGACACACUCUUUGGUGACUAGCUGCAUAUGAUUACUGUAUGUAGUAACAUGAAGGGUGUAUUAAAAUGCAUUUUAAUUUAAUUAUGGGAAACAGAUUGAAUUAUUCCAACAUAAACAUCAACAUAAAUGUUACUUCUAUAACUUUUAGUUGUGGAAUGGAAUUAUUUUUUGAUGAAACUGCAUAUAAAGCAAACAUUUGAGAAAAA